AUGCCUCAUACUACAUCUAUUAUAAAUAAUGUUAUUCCAACUAAUCCACUACUUAUGACUUUACCAUCUCCUAGAGAUACCUCUAGAGAAUCAGCAUUAUCUUCAGAAAUUGAUUUAUAUGGACAUAAAGUUAGGAGAUUAAGUACAAAAGAUUUUUUUAUUUUUUAUACACAUCGUUGGUAUGUCUUAACAGUUAUAUGUCUUUUAGCAUUAUCUAAUGCUGCAAUAUGGCUUUCUUAUACAAACAUAUCAAAACUUACUGUACCAUUUUAUUGUCAAUCAUCAUUUGAAGACAUUGAUAAACCAUCUUCAUGUGACAUUAGUUAUUGGUCUUCACAAAUAUUUCAAAUGGUUGGUAUGAUAACAGGAGUUCUUGGAAUGUAUAUAACUGAUAAACAUGGAAUUAAACUUUCUUGCAUUUUAGGUUGUGUUUUUAAUGCUACAGGUGCAUUUUUAAGAGUUGUUUCAUCAAUGCCAAUAGUUUCAAUGAAUGCAAGAUUACCAUUAAUGUAUCUUGGUCAAACAUUAGCUGCAAUGGCACAACCAUUUUUUUUAUGUUUAAGUCCAAAAGUGGCAGAAUAUUGGUUUGGUGAUCAUCAAAGAGCUUUUGCUAAUAGUUUAAGUUUUAGCGCAAAUCCAAUUGGUGUUGCUAUUGGUACUUUAAUACCAAAUUUUGUUGUUUCAACAAAUAAUAAAAGUGAAGAUGAAAAUACAAAACAAUUAUUUGUUUUAAAUAUGAUUUUAUUUAUAAUAACUUUUGCUACAGCAGUUCUUUCAUUAUUUAUCAAAUCAGAUAAACCACCAACACCACCAUCACCUUCCUCAGCAACAGAUCAUUCUCCAGAUUUUUUUAUUGGUUUUAAAAUGCUUUUUCAUAAUCCAAUGUUUUAUGUACAAUUAAUAACAUUUGGUGUUGCAUUUGCUACACAAUGGUCAUUUCCAGUAUUUGCUGAACAGAUGCUUGCUGAGAUUGGUUACUCUUCAAUUGCUUCAUAUUUAGUUGUUCUUUCAGCACUUGCAGGAACUAUUGGUUCAAUAGUAGCAGGACAUUAUAUUGAUAAGACAAAAAAUUUUAAAGGUUUUAUAAAUACCUCAUAUAUUGCUAUAGCUAUUCUUACAAUUUGUAUUAAUUUUCAUAUACGUCAACCAUACUUUGGACAGGGUCAAACAACUUCAGCUCAUAUUUGGAUAUGUCUUUUAGUUAUUAUUCUUGGAUAUUUUACAAUUCCUGUUUUUCCAAUUGGGCUUGAACUUUGUGUUGAAACUACGUAUCCAGUAGCAGAAGCAACAAGUAGUGGUAUUCUUGUUAUUACAGGACAAUUUCAAUUAUUUCUAGUUACUUUUAUAAUGCAAUAUUUACAUUCAACUUCCUGGUUUUAUAGAAAUUCUAUUAAUGAUAUAAAUAAUUCUUUAACCAUAAAUAAUAAUACAUUUUCUAAUAAUUGUGUAGAAGAAUAUCUAACUCAAAAUUAUUUACUAACUAUAGAUUUUUGGUGUUUAUUUGCUGUAUUUGGUGCAUUAUUUUCAGUAAUAUUUCUUCAACCAAGAUAUUUACGUUUGGAGUAUGAAAUAGAAGAAAGUAUAAAAACAAAAUGUAAAAGAGAAAAAAUUAUUAAAGCAGAAAAUAAAUCUUUUCCACUUAACUAA